AUGAAUUUGGCACGGCCAACCAUUCCAUUUCACAUCUGUUCCCUCGACAUUCUUACUUCGAGCUUCUUCCUGUGGUAUGCCGCGCAGUGGCUACUGAUGGAAGCUGUCAACUCCGCGGCCAGCGUGGUAGCUUUUGCAACCGUCGCGCUCAACGGCAUCAAGGAACUGUUCAAAGCAACUUCGGCGUUUCAAGAUGGACCUGAGGACGUUGCUCAACUAAUAGAAGCGACACAGGAGCUACAGCAACUUAUCAGCAGGUUGUUGAGCCUCCUAACAACAUCAGGCUUCACAAUACCUGCCACCUUCGCAAACGAGCUGAAGAAGUCUUUCAAAGCAUGCGAACAACAUGUCAAGAUAUUCGAUGCCAAGCUAAGGAGAUGCCAGCCUGUGCACGGGGAUGGGUCGUUGCACUGGUUACUGGCCAGACUUCGUCCUGUCACGUAUCGGAGUGACCUCGAAAAGAUGCGACUGCUCGUCUUGCGACAUCUUGCCGUGUUCUCUGUGCACGCUGGGAUCGCCAAUAAGUAG